AUGCAGCUACGCCAUCCCGGCGACCAGACGAUGAUUAGUAGGAACGACCUCGCUCACUUGUUUCGCAACCCAGGCCCCAUUGUCCACGCUGCGCACCCGGCUGCGCAACCGCAGUACAACAACGCCAACAUGCAGGCUUCGCAGCGCGCCGAAGCUGAACGCCGCGAGAAGAUGCGCCGAAUCGCGAAGAACCCGACCGAUAAGAACAUUGCCGAGGGCGUGGAAGACGUGUGCAUCGGCGACGCCGUAGCCCGCUACAAGGAAUUGCGCGAGGUCGAGCGCACGCUGGAUGCGACCAUGAUGCGCAAGAAGCUGGAUGUCAUGGACUCAAAACACCAUUCGCGCGCAUCGCGCUACGGCACCAUGCGCAUAUGGAUAUCAAACACCGCCGAGAACCAGCCUUGGCAGAGCACCGGCCUCGACGCAGACGCUUUCGAUUUUGACGGCGAGAACAACGCGACAUACCGCGUUAAGAUCCAAGGCCGCCUGCUCGACGAGGACGGCGACGAAGGCCUCGAGGAGGAUGAGGACGAGGAGAAGGACGCCGAUGCUAUGGAUGAAGACGGAGCCGAGAAAAAGCCAGCCGCGAAGCCCAAGCAGUUCUCACACUACUUCACGUCCAUCAACAUCGAUUUCGACCGCGCCAAGAGCUUACAACCUGACAAUUUCACGCAAAUCGAAUGGAAACGACCCGAGAACCCCACUGCGAAGGAAGCCAACUUCAGCGAACUCGAGUUCGAGCGCAAGGGCGACGAGAACAUCAACAUCACGAUCAACCUACAGCGGUACCAAAACCCCGAGGUCUUUCGCCUGAGCAAACCUCUCGCCGAGCUGCUUGACACCGAUGAGGAGGAUCGCGCUGGUGUCCUCAUGGGCAUCUGGGAAUACGCGAGGUCGCAACACCUACAACAAGAAGACGACGAGCGCAAGUUUGCGUGCGACGCGAGGCUGAAGGCCCUGUUCGGUGGCCAGGACCACUUCUUCUUCCCGAACCUGCCCCAACUCAUCAAGCAACACCUCACGACUCUCCCACCAAUCCAACUACAAUAUACGAUCCGUGUGGACAAGGAUUACAUCUCGCCCGCUGCCGACUCUGGCAAGACCCCCUCCGAACCGACUGUGUACGACGUCCAGGUAGCACUCGAGGACCCGAUGCAGCCGCUGUUCCAAGACAUCCUCCGCCGACCAGAUAGCAUACAGACCCUGCAAGAGAUCCAGAAGAUUGACGAGCAGCUCGUGCUGUUGAUGGGUGCAAUCGGACAGUCGAAGGCGAAACACGCCUUCUUCACCAGCAUGUCCAAGGACCCCGUGGCCUUUUUCAAGCGCUGGUUGUCCAGCCAGAAGCGCGACCUGGAAGUGCUACUCGGCGAGGCCACACGAGGUGGCGGCGAAGACGUGUCUGGCGAGGAAUGGCGACGAGGCGGAGCUGAUGGCGUAUGGGGCAGUGAAGUCGCAAAGGAGAGCGUGGCCUUGUGGCUCGCCAGGUCCAGCAUCAAGCCUCAUUAG